AUGAAUUCACAGCCCAACGAUGUGUCGCCCGAGGCGAUGCAGGCGCGCAUCCAGCAAGCGCGUCGCGAGGCCGAGACGCUCAAGGAUAGGAUCAAGCGGAAGAAGGAUGAGCUGGCCGACACCACACUCCGGGCUGUCGCUCAGCAGGCUCACGAGCCCAUCCCCAAGAACCAGCUUAUGCGGGCGAAGCGGACGCUCAAGGGCCAUCUGGCCAAGAUCUACGCCAUGCACUGGUCUACAGACCGCCGACACCUCGUCUCAGCCUCGCAGGACGGAAAGCUCAUCAUCUGGGACGCCUACACCACCAACAAAGUCCACGCCAUCCCUCUCCGCUCAUCAUGGGUCAUGACCUGCGCCUACGCCCCCAGCGGCAACUUUGUCGCCUGCGGUGGUCUCGACAACAUCUGCUCCAUCUAUAACCUCAACCAGCAGCGCGACGGCCCCACGCGGGUGGCCAGGGAACUGUCCGGCCACGCCGGUUACCUGUCCUGCUGUCGAUUCAUCAACGAUCGCAGCAUCCUCACCUCGUCCGGUGACAUGACCUGCAUGAAGUGGGACAUUGAGACUGGCCAAAAGGUCACCGAGUUCGCCGACCACCUUGGCGAUGUCAUGAGCAUCAGCUUGAACCCCACCAACCAAAACACCUUCAUCUCUGGUGCCUGCGACGCGUUCGCCAAGCUCUGGGAUAUCCGUGCCGGAAAGGCGGUGCAGACCUUUGCAGGCCACGAGUCUGACAUCAACGCCAUCCAGUUCUUCCCCGACGGCCACUCUUUCGUUACGGGAUCCGACGACGCCACCUGCCGGCUGUUUGACAUUCGCGCCGAUCGCGAACUGAACCUCUAUGGAUCUGAAUCCAUUCUUUGCGGCAUCACAUCCGUUGCCACCUCCGUGUCCGGACGUCUGCUCUUUGCCGGAUAUGACGACUUUGAGUGCAAGGUCUGGGAUAUUACACGAGGCGAAAAGGUUGGCUCGCUGGUAGGCCACGAGAACCGUGUGAGCUGCUUGGGUGUCAGCAACGACGGCAUCAGCUUGUGCACAGGUUCAUGGGAUUCUCUGCUCAAGGUUUGGGCUUAUUAA